AUGAUUUCUAUCGCAGAUUUUGUCUACAAGGCGAUUGAUGCUCUGCCUUCCACGGCUCAUCCAAUGACUCAAUUUGCUAGUGGUGUCAUGGCCCUCCAGGUUCAAAGUGAGUUUCAGAAGGCAUAUGAGAAGGGAAUUCACAAGUCAAAGUACUGGGAGCCAACUUACGAAGACUGCCUCAAUCUGAUUGCCCGUGUUCCUGUUGUAGCUUCCUAUGUUUAUCGGAGGAUGUAUAAAGGGGGCAAUACCAUUUCCUCAGAUGAUUCAUUGGAUUAUGGUGCAAAUUUCUCGCACAUGUUGGGAUUUGAUGACCCCCAGAUGAAAGAACUUAUGAGGCUUUAUGUCACUAUCCACAG